AACAUAAUUAUAUUUAAAUAAUCUAAAUAAUUACUUUUAUAACCAAACAAUGAAUGUAUGUCUUCACUGAUGACAUACAGUCUGACAGAAGCGCACAAGAAUGCGAUCCGUGGUAUCCGAAAGAUCAAGUACUUUGUGGCCCGACGUAAGUUCCAACAGGCGAGGAAACCCUAUGAUGUGCGCGAUGUGAUCGAGCAGUACUCUCAGGGACAUCUCAACAUGAUGGUCAGGAUCAAGGAGUUACAGCGCCGACUGGACCAAACACUGGGAAAGCCGGGCUCUCACCUGAGUAUUGGUAUGAAAUGCAUACCAAUCGGGACCCGACUCUACCGAAUGGAGCAACAA